UAUACAUGGAAAUUAAUAUCCAUAACCCUCCCGGUCCUGUUUUCCCCGCCGCUAUAGAAGGGUAAUCGUGACGCAGAGUAAAGGGCAGCUCCUGAAAGAACUUGUCUACUGCGAGGGGAAGAAAUGGUGGUCGAGCUGUCAUCUUCUUAUUCUGUUGCGGACGAUAUCGUGAUAAAGUCCCCAACAGAUAGGCGUUUAUACAGAAUUGUUCAUCUCUCUAAUGGUCUCUGUGCUCUCCUUGUUCACGACCCGGAGAUCUUCCCAGAGGGACCUCCCGACACUUCUAAAAUUAUUGAAAAUGGAGACGUUGAAGAACAAGAAAAACAGCACGAAGGUGACAGUGACGAUGAUGAAGGCGAUUCUGAAGACGGAGACGGAGACGAAGACGAAGACGAAGAAGAAGACGAAGACAGAGAAGAUGAGUGCGAAGAAAUGAAUGAGAAGAAAAAGAGCGGCGUUUCACUGACUAAAAAGGCAGCGGCAGCAAUGUGCGUGGGAAUGGGGAGCUUUUCUGACCCUUUCAAUGCGCAGGGUCUUGCCCAUUUUCUAGAACAUAUGCUCUUCAUGGGAAGUACUAAAUUUCCAGAUGAAAAUGAGAAAAGGAGAUCUCACUCCUGCUUAUCUCCUCAUUGGUGUGAUUUUUACAAGGCUAUUGGUGAAUCCUGCUUUCACUUUCUAAUCCCCUAUCCAUUUGCUGCUGGUCUUUGGUUUUGGUCUCUUGCUUUGAUUGGUUAUAGGUGGACUCCUUCCAACAGUUACUUGUCAAAGCGUGGGGGUUCAUCAAAUGCAUACACAGAAACUGAGCAUACAUGCUACCAUUUUGAAGUUAAACGGGAGUUUCUCAAGGGGGCUUUGGAAAGGUUUUCUCAAUUCUUUAUUUCACCAUUAGUCAAAGUUGAAGCUAUGGAACGAGAGAUAUUGGCUGUAGAUUCAGAAUUCAAUCAGGUUUUGCAAAAUGAUGCUUGUCGUCUUCAGCAACUUCAAUGUUAUACAUCUUCACAAGGGCACCCUUUUAACAGAUUCUUUUGGGGUAAUAAGAAGAGCUUGGUUGAUGCCAUGGAAAGAGGAGUUAACUUAAGGGAACAAAUUUUACACUUAUACAGAGAAAACUACCAUGGUGGAUUAAUGAAAUUAGUUGUCAUUGGGGGAGAGUCUCUAGAUGUGCUUCAGAAUUGGGUUGUUGAGCUGUUCAGUGAUGUCAGAGAUGGUCCUCGGUUAAAGCCUGAUUACCAGAAGGAAGGUCCUAUCUGGAAAGCUGGUAGAAUUUACAGGUUAGAGGCAGUUAAAGAUGUUCAUAUCCUCAAUUUAACAUGGACUUUGCCGUGUCUUCAUAACGAAUACAUGGCGAAACCAGAAGACUAUUUAGCCCAUCUGAUGGGGCAUGAGGGCAGGGGAAGCUUGCUUUUCUUUCUAAAAGCUAAAGGUUGGGCAUCUUCAUUAUCUGCUGGUGUUGGAGAUGAAGGAAUGAAUAGAUCUUCUGUAGCAUACAUCUUUGGUAUUUCUAUACAUCUUACAGAUUCUGGCUUAGAAAAGGUUUAUGAGGUGAUUGGAGUUGUUUAUCAGUACCUUAAGCUUCUGCGUGAAGCAGCUCCUCAGGAAUGGAUUUUUAAAGAACUUCAAGAUAUAGGAAAUAUGGAAUUCAGGUUUGCAGAGGAGCAGCCACAGGAUGAUUAUGCUGCAGAACUUGCAGAGAAUUUGCUUGUGUAUCCAGAAAAACAUGUAAUCUAUGGCGACUUUGCUUAUGAAUUGUGGGAUGAAAAACUGAUAAUGCAUAUCUUGAGCUUUUUUACACCAGAGAAUAUGAGGGUUGACACAUUAUCAAAAUCUUUUUACAAGCAGUCACUGGAUUUUAAAUAUGAACCAUGGUUUGGAUCACAAUAUACUGAAGAAGAAAUUCUGCCAACGCACUUGGAACUGUGGAGAGAUCCUCCAGAAAUUGAUCCAGCACUUCACAUGCCUGUGAAGAAUGACUUCAUUCCACGUGACUUUUCUAUCCGCAGCAAUGGUUCAUCAAAUAAUCUUGCAAAUACACAUUUCCCAAGAUGCAUACUAGAUCAACCAUUAAUCAAGUUCUGGUACAAGCUCGAUGAGACCUUCAAACUUCCUCGUGCAAAUACAUACUUUCUCAUUACUGUAAAAGGAGGCUAUGCCGAUGUAAAGAGAUGUGUUUUGACUGAAUUGUUUGUAAAUCUUCUGAAGGAUGACUUGAAUGAGGUUUUAUAUCAGGCUGGUGUAGCUAAGUUGGAGACUUCCUUGUCUAUCAUUAGUGAUAAGAUUGAGCUAAAGGUCUAUGGUUUUAAUGACAAGCUUCCUAUUUUGGUGUCAAAAAUUUUGACUGUAGCCAGAAAAUUUUGCCCGACUGCUGAUCGUUUUAAGGUUAUUAAAGAAGAUAUGGAGAGGGCUUUCAGAAAUGCCAAUAUGAAGCCUUUAAGUCAUUCAUCAUAUCUAAGAUUGCAAGUUCUGCGUGAAAUUUUUUGGGAUGUAGAUGACAAGUUGGCUUGCCUUGUUUAUUUAUCUCUUGCUGACUUGGAGGCAUUCAUUCCUGAGCUUCUUUCCCAGUUGCACAUUGAGGGCCUUUGCCAUGGCAACUUAACGGAAGAAGAAGCAAUCAAUAUUAUGGAUAUCUUCAGAAAAAACUUUACUGUGCCUCUGCCAGUGGAAAUGUGGCAUGAAGAGCGUGUUAUAUGUUUUCCCUCUGGUGCCAACUUUGUUAGGGAUGUACCUGUCAAGAAUAAAUUGGAAACCAAUUCCGUGGUUGAGCUUUAUUUUCAAAUUGAGCAAGAUGUUGGGGUGGAGGCUACCAGAUUGAGAGCAUUGGCAGAUCUAUUUGAUGAUAUAAUAGAAGAACCAUUGUUUGACCAACUAAGGACCAAGGAGCAGCUUGGAUAUGUUGUUGAGUGUAGCCCACGGAUAACUUACUGUGUAUUGGGAUUUUGCUUCUGUGUCCAAUCAUCCAAGUAUAGUCCACUCUACUUGCAGGAGAGAAUUGACAGUUUCAUAGAUGGUUUGCAGGAGUUACUGGAUAAAAUUGAUGAUGAAGCCUUUGAGAAUUAUAGAAGUGGAUUGAUAGCAAAGAAAUUGGAAAAGGACCCAUCACUUGCAUAUGAAACCAAUCAUCUCUGGGGUCAGAUCGUGGAUAAGAGGUACUUGUUUGAUAUGUCAGCAAAGGAGGCAGAGGAACUCAGAAGCAUAAAAAAGAGUGAUGUUAUUGACUGGUACAAUAGGUAUUUGAGAUUAUCGUCCCCAAAGUGUAGGAGACUUGUGAUUCGUUUGUGGGGCUGCAAUACCAAUAUGCAAGAGAAUGCGACACAAGGGAAGUCUGUGAAGGUCAUUGAAGAACUCGCUGCUUUUAAAACGUCAGCAGCCUUCUACCCAAGCCUAUGUUGAAUAAAAGACUGAUCACUGAUCAGUCUAUACGUACAAAUAUACAAUACCAAUCUGAGUAAGCCAUCAAAACUGUUCAAGGCUUGUUACCUUGCAGGUGGACCAUGUACUUUUGAUUCAAGCCAUAAUGGCAAAAAAGAAGGGGGAUGAAAAGAAAGGUAUUCAUUAGGUUGUAAACUUGUAUUGAUGUAACACUUUAUUUUUCUCUAAAAUUUUCCAUUUAGAUAAAAGCAUAGAUUAUUUUUUGUCUUUGAUUUCUGGGAUGUGUCUUCUGUUUCAGUUCUAGUUGAACUUUUAUGCUGUGCACUCUCCUUAUAUGACAUAAUCUUGUCAAGUUGUAAGAUCGGAGUGUCAAGCCGGUGGCUGCAGAUUGCAGCGAAGCUUUGACGGCACUUCCCAACAUUCAGACAUAGGUUUAACCUAUUGUUGAGAAUUUUUUACCAAAAAGAAAACCUAUUGUUGAGAAAUCGGGAUUGUACAUUGAACUAUUAAAUGGAUUCUGAGUAUCACGGAA